AUGUCAACGUCAACGUCCCUCCGACUGUCCCUGGUAGUGCUGGUGGUGCUGGCUGCCACCGUCGCCCAGGCCGCCAUCCUGACGCGUGCCAUCGAGGCGCAGAAAUCGUUGGUCGAGCGCGAGGAGCAGAUGCUCGACCAGGCGAAGCAGCAAAUCCAGCAGAAGGCGCAGGACGCGUACGACGUUUCCCGCGGUGCCGUGUCCAGCGUGGCCGACCAGCUGCGCUACGUUGUGAUGUAUCCGUGGCGCAUGGCCAAUGAGGCGCUGGAGAAACCGAAACUGUACGCCAAGUACCUGCUCUCCAAGGUGCCACCGGUGUUAAGCGCGGAGGUGACGACGCCACCACCCACGACGGUCGCGCUGACGGAGGACACGGAACCGGAAGUCGAACCGACCAGCGAGUCCAACCGGUUGCCCCUGCUGGUGUCCAGUUUGCAGUCGCUCUUCAACGGCGACACGACCGAGGACGAUCUUCCACAACCAAAUCCAUACGUUGAGGUGAUCGAGAUCAAAUAUCAGGGACCCAAGGUGGUGUCUUCGCAAACCCCGGAAGAGUUGCUGCCCCUUGCCGAAACCGAGGACGUUGAGCCAACCAGGGAUGUUCUGCUGGCAUAA